AUUGAGUUGACAUAACCACACUUCAUUUCCUCUGCUGCUUCUCAAAGCAGAGUGGAAAGUUUGAUGUCGUCUCGUUAAAACCGCAGCCUUCCACCACAUGCAUAUAUACGUGUGAGCGUCAGGAGCCCCCAAUCAUCUACAUCUUCAGAGGACUUCCAAGAACCACCAUGAGGAGCAUGCCCGUCUUUGUGCUUUGUGUGCUGGCUGCCGCUAUGCUUUCAUCAGUCUGCUGCAACCAUUCCACUGGUCCUGACGACUGCUGCUUCAAACACUACCCAAUAAAACUCAGCCAAAGAUUAAUCCAGUCAUAUUACUUGACUGACAGCAGAUGCCCCAUCAUGGGAGUCAUUCUGGUGACUAAAAAAAACCAUCAUAUCUGUGCCAACCCCACUUUCCCCUGGGUGGAGAGAAUCAUGAAAAGUUUGGAUGAAUCCACCCUGUGAUGUGUCCACUUCGUCUUUUGCUUCCUAAUUAUUCACUUCAUUAGAAAUGUAUACUGUAGUUUGUCCAGUCUAUCCCUGUUGAAAUGAAAUGCUGUAAUGUACUUUGAUUGGGCUUUUACCUAUAAAAGCAUUCAUUUCUCUGAAUAAACUAAGUCACUGA